UUUCUUUGGAAAAACAACAAAAAGUAAAUAACAGCAAUGCUACGACCAGCACUAAUUCGAACCCUCCACACCACCUCUGCAAGACCAGCUGGUGGAUUCAGCCGCUUUAACCCUUGGGCUAAGCAAUCGACUGUCCCACCCACAUCUACCGAGUCUACUACCGAACAAAGCAAGCCCGAGGCAACCUUCAAUGUCAACCAUUACGCGGAAGAAGAAGAAAGUUUAUUAUGGAGAGAUCGAAAUGUGAAUCAAACUGUUGACGAAAUUCAACAGACAGUGCAGACUAUCGUUACUGACAACUUUUCUGGCGUUACUGAAUCCAGCUGGAAGGAUGUCCGUUUUGACUCUGCUGAUACAAAACUGAAGGUUAUCAAGGAAAGCAUCAAACAAACUGGUAAAGAAGUCCCGAACCGAGAAUUGAGCAACAUCCAAACUGGCGCUGAUUUGCUUGCCUACUUUACCAAAUCACAAGAUUUAUCCUCACAAACAAAGGCUUCCUCUGUCCGAAGCUUCUUUGAAGAUAAUGCAGAUACGCUUCCCUCCAACCUUACUUUCCGACAUUAACUAUAAAUAAAUAGCAUGUACUGUAGAUAAAAGAAAAACCACACACAAUCAUCAAUUCAAUUUCUGGAGAAGGAUGGCA